UUCCGUUACCAGGCUCAACGCGGAAAAUUAACGGCCGAAAAGCGCAAAGGUAAGUCACCAAUAAAACCAUGAACAUACAAAUCAAUACAUUUUUCUUUCUGUGUAAACCGUGAUGAUCAACCAGGACCGAGCUCUUGACAGGAAAUCUUCCUAGACUCGGGCUUUGUAAAAUGCAGGUCUAUUAGUCAGCGGUUUUUACUGGAGUGGUUGCCACUGUAUGUAUGUCCGAGGAGCGAUCUCUUGCUAGAAGCCCUUCCGUCAUGUUCUUUCUUUCAACAAGAAAGUUUUCUCCACUUUGUCUCUCUUUACCCUGAGUAUAAAUGGGUGGUUGUGUAUAUUGACAUAGUGUUGAAAAUAACGGACAAUAAAGUUACUAGCCACAAUAACCUCGGCUCAGAAGACUGGAUUUAUACCUGAAGAAAUUUAUUGACCUCUAUCUGACCCAGAAAUGAACUUCACCUGCGAGAGGAGCCAGCUCUUCAUUUGGUGGGAAUCGUGAGAAGAUGCGCUCGCUCUCGCGUUCUCCUCGCGGCUUGCUUCUCAUCGCUCUCGCCAUAAUUGGAGAGCUUGUUCGCAAGCUAGACCUAAAAACUCUUUAAACUUUCUUUGCUCUUCUAAUUCUAGAAAUAGCAGAAGCUUUUAAAUUGUUCGACAAAAACGGCGAUGGUCAAAUUUCGGUAGAGGAACUCGGUGAAGCAAUGAAACAAGCCGGGCAAGAAGUUUGCGAAGAAGACCUACAAGAAAUGAUAAAAGCUGUGGAUCGUAAUGGUAAGGUAUCCUCCUAAACAGGCGUUCUCUUCUACUUGCCUUAUAUGGCCUGCUCAGUUUUUCUCUGCACAACGUGAAACCUGUAUUAAGCCGACACUGUGUAAGCAGACACCCUGCAUUAAGCGGACAGUGGUCAAAGUCCCCAAAUUUAUUUCCCUUAGGUACUGCCGAAAUAAAGCCUUUCGCCCCAUAAGCUGAAUCCAAGGCAGUCUUGGAUUCUGGAUUCUACGUACGCCACGGAUUCCGGAUCUCAAGUAAAGGAUUAUCAGAGGUUGGAUUUUGGAUUCCAGUCGUUAGUGGGAUCCAGAUACCUUGAAUUGUCUCAUUCAGAAGUCCGGAUUCCAAAGCCCAGUAUUCCGGAUUCCACGAGAAAAAUUUCCCUGAUUCCAGACUCUAGAUUCCCUUACUUGGGGCGAAACCUUUAUUAAGCGGACGCUUUAAACGGACCCCAGGGGUUAUGGGCUCCUGUGGACCCUUAAUUGUCAUUAGAUUCGACCAUCAUACAUGCCAGGCACUCGAAAUUAAAAGAUUUCCACCCAGAAAUUUUCCGAUUUUACGAUGCAAAACUUACUUGACAAAAGACUUAUGUAUUUGCGUUAACAUAAACAUUGUCUGGUUCUAAAAGACAAAAGAAACCAACGGGGAUGGUUACAUCACUGGAGAUGAAUUGAAGACCGUAAUGAAGACCUUUGGAGGCAAGACCUACACCACAAAAGAAAUUGAUGAUAUGAUAAAAGAAGCAGACAUGGAUGACGAUGGGAAAGUCAGUUAUGAAGGUGUGUUCUAG